GCAGAGGGCGCUGUCUGCUGUGUUUAUUCCUCCCUGCCUGGUGGUGAGCCAGCUUACAUGGCGGCAGCGGGGUGGCUCAUACCUGUGUCUGUUUCUGUCAAACAGGAGCUGGAGAAGCAGUACUCACCCAGCAGGUGGUCCCACAGGAUGGCGGCAGACGACGUGAUCAAGGCCCACGUCAAGGCUCUGAAGGAAGGUACGGAGCAAGCCCGUAGCCUGGCUCAAACUCUAAUCAACGUACCGUACGGGGACGGAGAUGGAGAGAAACUAGACGUGUACAUCCCCAGGACCGACUCUUUGGAUGUCAACCUUGUUAUUUACAUCCAUGGAGGCUACUGGCAGUUCCUCAGCAAAGAGGAGUCUGGAUUCCUCGCUGUCCCACUCAUUGAUAAGGAUGUGGUCGUGGUUGCCGUUGGUUACACCAUUGCCCCCAAAGGUGACAUGGAUCUGAUGGUGUCACAGGUUCGCAGGAGCGUUGUGUCUGCCAUUCAGCAGUACUCGCACAUCAGUGGUCUGUACCUGUGUGGCCACUCUGCAGGGGCUCACCUGGCUGCCAUGGUGCUCUCCACCGACUGGUCCCAGUAUAGCAUCACACCAAAUAUCAAAGGUGCUUUUCUUGUCAGUGGCAUAUUUGAUCUGCUGCCCAUCCUGUCCACAUAUGUCAACGAGCCUCUGAAGAUGACAGAGGAGGUGGCGGUGAGAAACAGCCCCAGCCAGCUGGUUCCUCAGCUCAAACAGUCCUCCUCGGGCUGUCAGAUUGUCGUGGCCGUCGCCCAGAACGACUCGCCAGAGUUUCGCAAGCAGUCAGAGGAAUAUUACAAAGCUCUGGAAGCAGCAGGACUGAAUGUGACCAUGGAAGAUGUGGUGAACACAGACCACUUUAGUAUCAUUGAGCAGCUGGUAGAUGCAGACUAUCACCUAACCAAGCUUCUCCUGAAGAUGAUGGGGAAGAGCUGAAGUGUUCAACAAAUCUCUGAUCAGUCUUUUUGCACCCACAAUGAGAAAAUAUGCAUUGUUUCAGGUUUUCAUUGUGGUAAAUGUUCUUCUUUUGUCCUUUUUGAAAUCAAUUCAGGUGACAUCAGUUGUUCUGACAGGUUGGUUUACAUUAUUUAUUACAAAGGUUCUUCAUCAUGGUUACUGCUGUGGAAAAAGUGCUAACUGAGCUUUGGAUUUUUGAAAUACCUUUACUUGACUGCAGCAUAUUGUAGCAAAUUUCACUUCCCAAACCCAGUUGUAAACGGAUUACUGGACUAUUGUGAAAAUUGUUAUUGUUGGGAAGCAGGGCACCACUGCAAAAUAAUUGUUUUUCAGUGGAUUGUUAUUUUUGGCUUAUUUCCAGUGUUUGUAGCUGGGUGGGUCUAACUGAAUAAUGUUUUGUUUUGCUUUUUUUAUAACAAUCUUCAGCAUGUCUCUUAGUCAGAUAUGACGAGUAGCAACAUUUCAUUCAACCUGACUGUAGUGUUUCACCAUAACCUCCAGCUCUACACUGAGAUCUCACCCAGGGAAUGCUGAUGUAACGAGUCCUGAUGAUACUGACAGGUUUAUAUUUUUACUUCAUCCUGAUAUAGGUGCAGAAUUUUGAUUUUCAAACAUGAAGUUUUGAACUCGAGUUUCAUUUUUCAAUGGUAAUAGUUCAUUUGCACUACAUAUUCUAGCAUUGCAGAUUAAGAAUCUUUAAACCAUGUUCUGUUUAUCAUUAUAGUACAAUAUGAAGAAGAUAAUAAAUAUUUAUAUUUGAGAAAA